AGUGUUUAUUAUUACUUUCCCCUGUCAAAGAAAAGAAGAUCGCAUAUUCACAAUCUUCACGUCUCCUCUUUUCAAAGAGAGAUCAAAUCUUGUACCGACAUGGAUCAACAACAAGAAUCGAAUUCUAUGAAGCAGCUUUUUCCUCAGUCUUCAUCUCCUUUCUUGUCACCCUUCAAGAUCAAGAAACAUAUAUUUGUCGGCAUCUCUCUUCUCGUCAGUUUCUUGAUUUUCUCUGUUACCGUCGUGGAUCUUGUCGGCAUCAAGCCUCAUCUCUGUUUCGAAUUCUUAUCUUCUUCUUCGACGAAGGAACGAAGAAACAACGACGUGUGCGACUAUUCUUACGGAAAAUGGGUUCGUAGCCGACAACGUGACGUGGACGGAACCUCUUAUGGAGAAGAGUGUCGGUUUCUGGAUCCUGGGUUUCGUUGUCUGAAUAAUGGAAGAAAAGAUUCUGGUUUCCGACAAUGGCGAUGGCAACCACACGGUUGCAAUCUUCCACGAUUCAACGCAAGUGAUUUUCUGGAGAGGAGUCGGAACGGGAGGAUAGUGCUCGUCGGAGACUCCAUAGGAAGAAACCAAUGGGAAUCUCUUUUAUGUAUGCUUUCACAAGCUGUGUCUAAUCAAUCUGAGAUAUAUGAAGUUAAUGGUAACCCUAUAAGCAAGCACAAAGGCUUCCUUUCAAUGCGGUUCCCAGAACAUAACGUAACCGUUGAGUAUCAUAGAACACCAUUUCUGGUCGUGGUUGCUAGGCCACCUGAAAACUCACCGGAAGAUGUCAAGAUGACUGUUAGAGUCGAUGAGUUCAACUGGCAAUCUAAAAGAUGGGUCGGGUCUGAUGUUCUUGUCUUUAAUACAGGACAUUGGUGGAACGAAGACAAAACCUUUAACAUAGGUUGUUAUUUUCAGGAGGGAGGUAAACUGAACAAGACAAUGGGAGUAAUGGAGGGGUUUAAGAAGUCUUUAAAGACAUGGAAGUCAUGGGUCUUAGAGAAACUAGAUCAUGAGAGUAGUUAUGUCUUCUUCAGAAGCUUCUCUCCUGUGCAUUACAGGAAUGGGACAUGGAACUUAGGUGGUUUGUGUGACGCAGAUACAAAUCCAGAGACUGAUAUGAAGAAGAUGGAACCUGACCCUAUUCAAAACACUUAUGUCUCUGAAGUAAUACAAGAAAUGAGAUAUGAACAUAGUAAGGUUAAGUUUCUGAACAUUACAUAUCUGACUGAGUUCAGGAAAGAUGCUCAUCCUUCACGGUAUAGAGAACCGGGAACUCCGGAAGAUGCUCCUCAAGAUUGUAGUCACUGGUGCUUACCUGGUGUACCUGACACAUGGAAUGAGAUUCUUUAUGCGCAGCUGUUGGCAAUGAAUUAUACAACAAAAUGAAAAGAGGUACAAGUAUAUAACGCUACUUUCUAGUCACAUCACAUGCCUUCUAUACGCUCACUUCCAUGGCAUCUAUAUACAAAGAAGGUGUGCGUACCAGGCCUGGAACAUAUCUUUGAAUUGCAGCUAGCAUAGCUGUGUGAUCAACCGCUGUAACCUGUUCAGAAUAGCUUAUUCAUUAUAUUAGUCCCAUACUAAGAAAAGGAGCUGUAGAUGAGAGAGGUUCAGCUCCACAGUUUUGUACAAAGAAACUAACUAAAGAUGUAGCUUGGAGUAAUACAGACAGUGUGUGUAACAUGAUCAGAAUAAGCAUAAAAGCGAAC